CGAUGGAUAGAGAUUGUAAUUGAAUAAUUAUCAUAGUGUGACGCAAUGAUUUGAUAACGAAACAUAUUAAGACAGAUUUUCCAAUUUAUUGUGUAGUAAAAUGUUAUAGUUAAUGUACGUAAUAACUGUUUAUAUUUUGCCCUAGUAACUAGUUCAGUGUUUCUCGUUUGCUAAUCUAACAACGUAUUGUUUGUUGUUAACUAUUAUUAAGUACGUAUUAAAAAAAAUACAAAUUAACUUCUAUUGUUGAGACAUUUUAGUAUUUUUGAACUCAAUGAAAUUUUGACAUAUAUUUUGCAUUUAUAUACCUAUCAGUGUAGUGACUAAAACAUGAAUAACCUGGAAGCAUUUUAUGAUCUAUUUAGGAAACCUAUGGUUUUUCCAGUAGUUAUUGGAAUUGGGUCUAUUGUUGUUAUCACAGCAGUUGUAUCAAACUAUGUAUGGGGUAGAAAGUCUAACUCAAAGAGCAAAAAGAAACUUAUAACAUUGGUUGACCCUAACACCAAGUACCCAUUGCCAUUAAUUGAAAAAGAGGUUAUAAGUCAUGAUACAAGAAGGUUUAGACUUGGACUUCCAACCCCUGAGCAUGUUCUGGGCCUGCCGGUUGGACAACACAUUCAUUUGUCAGUACGAAUUGAUGAUGACCUCAUUAUUAGGUCAUACACUCCUGUGUCUAGUGACGAUGAAAGAGGCUAUGUCGAUCUUGUUGUCAAGGUUUACUUUAAGAAUGUCCACCCAAAAUUCCCGGAAGGUGGUAAAAUGUCACAAUAUCUGGAAAAUAUGAAAAUCGGUGACACAAUUGAUGUGAGGGGACCCUCUGGAAGAUUGCAAUAUGCUGGCAACGGAACAUUAUUAAUAAAGAAACUAAGAAAAGAUCCACCAGUCAAAAUUGUAGUCAAGAAACUGAAUAUGAUUGCUGGUGGUACUGGCAUUACUCCAAUGCUGCAACUGAUCCGACAGAUAUGUAAAGAUGAAAAUGACAACACUCAGCUAAGACUGCUGUAUGCUAACCAAACUGAACAAGAUAUAUUAGUGAGACCGGAAUUGGAGAAGUAUCAAAGUGAAUAUCCAGACCAGUUCAAACUCUGGUACACAAUUGACAGGGCUGAAAAAGAUUGGAAGUACAGUACAGGGUUUAUAAAUGAGCAUAUGAUUAAGGACAAUCUCUUCUCUCCUGCUGAUGACGUCAUGACCCUUAUGUGCGGUCCACCUCCCAUGAUCAACUUUGCUUGCAACCCAGCCUUGGAGAAAUUGGGAUACUCUGAGAAUUUGCGUUUUGCUUAUUAAAUGUGUUACUUUAUUGUUGGGUAGUUAUAGUGUAUGUUGAAUAUUGGGAUCUGUUAUUUGCACCUGAAAUGUUUUCUGGGCGAUAAUGUCGUUUUUCAUAUUACAUUUAUAUAAUGAUAUAUCACACGUUAUGUAUAGUAAGUAGUUAUUAGAAUAGUAUGCAUAAAUAGAAAAUAAAAUCAGAA